AAAUGAGCGCUCCAUCUUCAUUUACGAAGAUAACUUUAGGAGGUUUUAUUGUAUUCUCAUUAUUUGGAAUAGCAGUGUCUAACAAGUAUUAAUUAAGUAUAUUAAGCUAAAUUUAUAAUCCAAUAUUGAAGUUGCUUUUGACAAUAGUGAUAGUAGUGUCAGUUUAUGAUUUUUUUCAUGAAAGAAAGAAUGAAAAAGAAGUGAUAGCAAAACCACCAUAUAAAUAAAUAAAUUUUGGUGUAUUUGAGAGAAAUUAAGAGUUCAUAUAAUAGCCAGAAUAUCGAGGUAUUAAAUUGAUUCAAUAAUUAAGUACAAUAAUCAGAAAUGAAUCAUACUUAGACAGAGUCAGUUGAAAGAUAAACAUUAAAAGAGAGGGAAAGAAUCUUGAGUAAGGAUUAAAGAAAAAAUAUAAUGAAAUAGCGUAAUAUAUAUGAUUGUUAUUAAUUUAGAUUUUUUAUAAGAAGGAGAUAAUAAUGAAUGGUAAAUGCAAUACAAAAAUGGUUCAAAUAGACAAUAUUAUGCUGACGAUACUCGAUCAUAGUAUAGUUUAGCAUAAACUAUGUCUUAUCAGUAAAUUUAAAAUUUUGGAAAGACCAGUUAUAAUAAUAAGCUUUAACAUGGUACUCCAGAUUAUGAAAUUCAAUAGAAGAGUAAGAAUUCAGAACUAAAUUUAUCUAAAUUAAUAAAAAAAAUGAGUGAUGCUCAUUAAAAAGCUGAAGAAUUAUUUAUGAAGUCAUUUCUUCCUGCAUUUGUUAAAGAAUUUUAAGAUCAUCUUGUAAAUGUUAAUAGAAUGAUGAAAGAACAUUUCUAAUAAAAAAUUAUAGAAAUUGAUAUCUUUUUUGCCAAUAAACCUUAUGAUAUUAAUUCAAAUAAACAUGAAAAAUCUAUUGGAUUAAAAAGUGUAACUAUGGAAGAUGUUUUCUUUCUUAAAAAUUAAAUUAAGAAUAGAUCAAGAGAACCUGUACGAGCACCUACUAAUGUUGAGAAAUUUACAAAAGAAAAAUUAGAAUUUAUUAAAGAAUGUGAUCUUUUGGAGUUAUUUUGUAAUAUUUUAGAUGUAAAUCUAAUUAAUAGAAAAAUUAUCACAGAUAAAAAAUUAUUCUUAACUAAAUUAAUAGAUUUUGCAGAAAAUAAUUGUAAACCUUAAUAUCUUUCAGAUGGUUUAAAUGAUAAAAUGGUUAGUGAUUAUGAAGUAUAAUUUAACUAUUAUUUAGUUACUAUUUACUGUGUUUAUUAAUGUUCUUUUAAAAUGUGUAAAAUAUGAAAAAUAGAGGUUAAAUAAAGAAAAUAAUGAACUCAAUUUAAAUGCUUGGAAAUCAAUAGAAGUUAGCUUAAUUGGUUAUGAAAGUUUAGGUCAUUCUGAAUCUGAAAUAUUGAAAAUAACCAAUUAAAAUAAUUCAUAAAAUUAAAAUGAACCAAAUCAAACACAAAAAUAAAAUGAAUAAAUUAAGUAUAUAAAUAUCUUUAGCAAUAGGAAUCUAAUUAUAUAAUAAAAAUUAGAAUAAUAUGCUUCAGAACCUUAAUUUCAUUAUUAUAGUGAUUGUAUAGUCAAAGCAUUAACUAAAGAGAAAGAAAUUAAAACAGUUAAAUAAGAAUAUAUUUUAUAUACUCCUAGAGUAAGAUUUACAUGUUUAUUUUAGGAUUAAAAUUCAUUAUAUUCUUUAAUAAGUUAUUAUCUUCUUCAUUUGUUAAAUAUACCAAAAUAACAUUGGUAAUAAUUGUAGUAGAUGGAAAUGGAUUAAAAAAUGAUAAAGUGCCUAAUUAGAAUGGCUAAAGAUUUUUCAUAUUUAGUGGCAAAUGUGUGA